UUCUUCACCCUCUCUUUCUCUCUCUACACAUUCACCUAAACGCGCAUUCUCUAUCUUUCUUUUUUUGCAGAACAGAAUUUGAUCCCAAUUAUAAAAAAAAAAAAAAAAAAAAUUUGCCCUAACAAUUCGUGGAUUACAAUCAGGGUUCGAUCUCGGAUAUUAGGGCGCAGCAUUUCCUGAUCAUCGGUAUUGAGAUAAUCACCACAUUCUCUAUCGAAUUAUACGGAUAGAUAUUACGGAACGAGGUUUUUGGAUAUAGGUUUGGGGGUUGAGGCUUUGUUGAUAUUCAAAUUGAAAUAAUUACAUCUGCAGAUUUGGGGGUUUUGGUGUUUUAGUUUUUUCGCCGGAAAAUAUGUUGGGGGCGGGGUUGCAGUUCAAUAGGAGUAGAAACGGCGAAGAUCGAUUUUACAGCGCGGCGAGGGCUCGCCUGAGUCAGGAUUUUUUGCGGAGGGCUCAGAGUGACGUUACCCCAAGCCGUUCACGGAGCCGGCUUGAUGAGCCGAUGCCGGAAAAGUCGAAGCCGGAAGUCGCGCCUUUGCCGUCGGUGUCGGGAUCCUCGCCUUUGUGUAAUCUGGAGAGGUUCUUGGAAUCAGUAACGCCUUCGGUACCAUCGCAAUUUUUAUCCAAGAUGAAAGUUAGGAGUUGGAGAACAUGUGAUGUGGAAUUUCAGCCCUUCUUUGUGCUAAGUGAUUUAUGGGAGUCGUUUAAGGAAUGGAGUGCCUACGGUGUUGGAGUGCCUUUGACGUUGCACGACCGUGAUGGUGUGGUUCAGUAUUAUGUUCCAUAUUUAUCUGGCAUUCAAUUGUACGCGAACCUGUCAAAGAGUACAUCAAAAUUAAGGAGACCCGGUGAAGAAAGUGAUGGUGAAUAUUUUAGGGAUUCUAGUAGUGAUGUAAGCAGUGAUAGUGAACAAGAAAGAGGUGGUUCAAAUUACUCUAGGAAUCAAGCGAUUGAUAGUUCUCUUAGGGUAGAUCAGUUGUCUUUGAGAGAGCAACAAAUGGCAUUUCAAGAAGGAUUUUCUAGCGAUGAAGGUGAACCUGGGAGGUCAAACGGUUGCUUGUUGUUCCAGUAUCUUGAACAGGACCCACCAUAUUGUAGGGAGCCCUUGGCAAACAAGAUAUCUGAUCUUGCCCUCCACUUCCCGGAACUAAAAACACUAAGGAGUUGUGAUCUACUUCCGUCCAGUUGGAUUUCUGUAGCCUGGUAUCCCAUUUACAGAAUACCAACGGGUCCAACUCUUAGAGAUCUUGAUGCUUGCUUUUUAACCUUCCAUUCUCUUCAUACACCCAUGACAGGAACUGAGGUUAUGCAUCCUUCAAUUGUGAAAUACCCAUCGGAGAGUGAUGGCGUACCGCAUGUUUCACUUCCAGUAUUUGGGCUGGCCUCGUAUAAAUACAAAGGGUCACUGUGGACUCCAAAUACGGGGCAUCAGCGCCAGCUGGCAAACUCCCUCUUGCAAGCGGCUGAUAAAUGGCUACAUUUGCUCCAGGUCAAUCACCCAGAUUUCUCUUUCUUUUCCCGUAGGUAAUUAAUUAACCUCGAGGACAACUUCCCCUCCUAUUGUGUGUGUGUCUCUCCCUUGUUGUUCGAGGAGGAAAACCUGCUUCUAUGCAGUGCCGUUUUAGAUAUUGUCGUGACUUGUAAUGAAAAAAUAUAAUGCGGAAAUCAAAAAACCAAAAAAAAAAAAAGAAAAAAGAAAAAAAAAAGAAGACUAAGAAGAAGAAUCGAGUGAAAGAAGAAGAUUGAGAAAUCUGGCAGAUGGUUGAUUAGUGGUGGAGACACGAGUUGUAAGAUUCAAAGUGAGUGGUUUAUAGCUGCUGCUUAAAAGGGGGCACAAACAGCAGUUUUGAUUGAUGAAGGUGUAUAAACGUUUAUCUCGUUUUUCCCCCCUCUGUUUUCGUUUUGGAAUGUUUCACAUAGAACAGGCUAUAUUUUUUCUGUCCUGAUGGUCUAUUUUAGUUGGUACUAAUCUUCAGUUUCUGCAUUUUAAGAGGAUUUUUUUUUUAAUAGUAGGAAAUUAUAAUCAAGUAUGCCCCCAUGUUGUGUAUGUAUAUACUAACUAUAAUCUUUGCUUUAGUGUGUGACUAUUUUAGACUAAUUUGGUGGUA